AUGGAUAUCGACGAGGACGAUGACUUCUACGGCAACGAGGAGCCCGCGAACAAUCCGUCGCCCGCGGUAGACGCCAAGUCGGAAGAGCUGGAGGAAGGCGAGGAGGAAGAUGAGGGUGGCGCCAUGGACGAAGAUGAAGACGACUCGGAUAUCGAAAUCGUCACCGAGCGCAAAGACGGCACAAAGGCAGCACCUCCAACACAGUCGCGCUACAGCGAUAUCAGAAACAUCCCACAAAGGUCGGCUUCCAACGACAUGACCGUCAAAGCCGCUCCGCCCAAGAAGGAGGAAGACUCAGCGAGAGCCUCGCCUUCCGACCUUCCGUUGGGUGUCCCAAGUGCCGACAAAGCUGCCGCUGCAGCUUCCAAGUCGACCAUCGACGUCAACGCCAAUCCCGAUUACCCCCCCGUCGGCAAGCCCAUUACCGCCGUCAACAUCGACGAGGAUCUGACCGAGAACGACAAGCCGUGGCGCAAACCCGGUACCGACAUCAGUGAUUACUUCAACUAUGGCUUUGAUGAGUUUACCUGGGCCCUCUACGCUGCCAAGCAGGAAGCCGUUCGCGGAGAGUUCAGCGGCGACGCAAUCGCGGCCGGCCAAAAGAAGAUGAUGGAGGACUUUGGCAUGAUGAUGAUGGGUGGCAUGAACCCCGCUGCCGGCGCUGCGCAAGCCGGAGGUAUGCCCGGAAUGGCUGGAGGUGGCAUGGACGGCAUGCCGCCUGAGAUGCAGGCUAUGAUGCAGCAGAUGAUGGGCCAGGGCAUGGAUCCCAGCCAGAUGGACCCCUCGGCUAUCCCGGCUGGCGUUAAGGGAUUCCGGUGGUGA